ACGGAAGUUUAACACUAGUACUCCACUCUAGCUUUAAAACAUUCAAUAUCGUAUAAAAAAUUCAUGGAUAAUUUGAAUUAAAUGCUCGUUUAAAGUGAUAGAGAGUUCAACAGCUUUACUAAAGUUCGGAAUAGUUUAUGUGAAAUACCGUCAUGGGACUAUCUAUAUAUUACUCUCUUAUUAUUGGUUUAUGUCUAGUAAUAGAAGUAUGCACAAAAUGCCCACGUUCGACAGUUUGCAAAUGUGAGCCAUUGUCAGAAGACUCCCAAUUCAAUGUUUCCUGCAACGGAAAUGGAGUUAGACAAACCUUGAAUCAGGAAAAUCUUCCAGACAACAUAAGAACACUUAUCGUUGAGAAAUUUAUUUUCCAGAACCUAUCAGUGGACACAUUUCCACGAAAUAUCAGAGUGCAGAGAUUCCAUUUAAAACACAAUGAAAUUUGGGAUAUAAAAAACGAUACGUUUUAUCAAUUCGAGUCGCUGAGCGAGGUUUUCUUUUGUGACAGCACACUUACGGACAACAAUCAAUUAAUAGAAGCUUUUGCAGGAAUUAGAAGCCGAGGAAAUCUUACGCUGGUUAUACAAGGCAUGCAUUUCACUCAACUAGAUUUCUCAAAUAUCGUGUUUCAAGGAAAGGUUAUGCUCACAACGCUUAGACUAACCAGAAAUGCUAUGGGAAUAUUUAGACCAGAACUGGUAAAUAAUAUGGAUUACUUGGAAACAUUAUCUUUGGCAGAUAAUAUCAUUAGUCAUUUCAGUAAAAAUAGAACACAACUGACUCCAUUGUUGUUAUUAGAUAUGAGUAAUAAUAGACUUAAUCCAAUUGAAAUAGAAUUUUGCUACAACAACGGUAGCAGUUUGUUUCCUAACCUUAGAACAUUAAACGUGUCUAGGAACUUCAUUUCUACUAUACAGAAAGAGUCUUGGAGUUGUCUGGAUAAGCUCGAAAUUCUAGAUCUGUCUGAUAACAACAUACAGACGAUUUUCAUAAACAAUUUAACACACUUGGCUUCCCUAAAACACCUUAUUCUUAAGAAGAACUGGAUAAAAUCGUUUGAGGUAAAUGAAGGGAUGUAUCCACCACAUCUGGAAUAUCUUGAUUUAAGUGAUAACCAAUUUGUGCCAUUUAUGCCACAGUUGUGUGAGAACUCUAGUAAUGGAACGAUAAGCAUACAGCGCUUGGACCUGAGCUUCAAUCACAUAAUUGUCUUGACAGAUAAUUUCACUAGAUGUCUACGAAAUCUUACAGAAUUAUACCUAAGUAAGAAUGCAAUCCAAAAAAUACAAAAUGAUUCGUUUGCUCAGUUUCCACAGCUCAAAGUCUUACAUAUUGAUGGGCAGAUUCAUGGACUGACUACCAUAGAAAAAAAUGCAUUUAAAAUGAAUAAUCUUAAAGAGCUGAACUUGAAUAGAAAUUUCAUACACUUUAAUAACGAAAGUUCUGAUAGGAUAUUAAGCGGAUGUAUAGGCAUUAGAUAUCUCAGCCUAUCUCAUAAUCAUGUCUUGAACAAGACAGCAUUUUUCUCAUCGUUAGCGCAUUUAAAGCAUAUAGAGGUUCUUGUGCUGGAACAAGUAAGACUGAUCAAAUUUCCAUACGAAUUAUUUACAUCGUUUGAAACACUCCAAUAUGCAGUUAUCGACCACAAUGGAAUUGAAAGUAUCUAUUUUCCACCAAGUAUAACCUUUAACAGCAGAAUCACUCAUCUUUCUGCCGCGGAUAAUCGAAUUUCGUUUUCAAAAAACAACAAUGCUUUACCAGAGCCAGUUUUGACAUAUUUAAAAGAAGUGAAUUUUGGAUACAACAUUUUUGACUGUUCAUGCGAUGUUAGUUCAAGGUGGUUUCGAAGUCAGAUAUCAGAAAAUGGAUCACAAGGUUUUUUUCAACAACAUAUAAGACUUAUUGGAUGGCCACACACGUAUCUUUGCCACACGCCAUCAGAAAUGAUUGGAAAAGAGGUCAUGCACUUCCAUCUGUCGGCAUUAGACUGUGUAAAUAUCGUUGUGUAUAUAUCCAGUGCAAGUACAGGCUUUGUUGUUUGUGUUAUCGGAAUCGUAUCUUAUUGGAACCGAUGGUACAUUCAGUUUUAUUGGCAUAGAUGUAAGAAAAGCUGCAAACGAAUACGCAAAUUUGCAGAUGCGGAAAGACAACAACUGAUUGAAAACAUUGGAGUUCAAUACGACGCAUUUGUCAUUUACAAUGACGAUGACAGUAAGUUCGUUUUUAAGGAUUUACGGAUGUUAGUUGAAGAGAAAUUACAAUACAAACUUUUCAUAUGGGACAGACAAGGAGGUGUAGGGGGUUCUAAAUUUAAUGCUUUUUUUGAUGCUAUAAACGCCUCAAAGAAUGUCAUUGUUGUUGUUUCGAACAAUUUGAUAAAGGACGCUUGGUGUGAGUUUCAAGUAGACAUUGCUUUGAUGAGUAGAAUGGAAACUAGAGGGAAAAGGAAGAUAUUCCUUGUCAUUCUGACGGAUGUGGAUUUAGAAUCUGUGAGUAAAUCUUGGUGUGUUCUUUUAGCCAAGAAGGGUAAUGGCAAAUGGAUUGAAACUGAAAAUAGUAUACGAAGAAGAGUAUUUAUAGAGGACAUGAAAGCAACAUUAGGAAAACCAUUGUCUGUCGAAGGCAACUGAUACCGUUCUACCGAGGAGCCAAUAAUUGGCAUGAUACCAAAACGCACUGUACUAAAUGUUCAUAGCUUGAUUUUUGCCAGUCUUUGAUUGCAUUCUCUGAUUUGAAAUGAGUUUUAAUCCAAGCUGUCGCUUGUGUAUGUGCUUUGAGUUGCAAGAAUUAUGUUAUUAUGAUUUCUUUUGUUAUACGUUGUCUUAGCUAUCAUUCAAUCAUUCAAUUACACGGCGGAUGGUGUACAUAUGUAAUAUUGUUACUAUAAUUUGUAUAUAAUCCUGUACAAAGUUUAUAUUUCCACUGCGCGAUUGUUUUAUAUUCAUGAUUUAUGUGUUCAAUCCAUCAUAUUACUAUUAUUGAAUGUUGAUGUUAUAUACAUUGUCAUUAAAUGUAAAUUUGUAUUUUUCCUGUCUUGUGAGAACAGUAACACAUACCACGACCUCAACUCUUCUCCCUUUUUUCAAAAUGAAUUACUCACAAAGGUUAGGUUUGCAACGACGUGUUUAAACUUUGUUUGAUCGAUUUGUAAGAACAAGCACCAUAUAGCAA